AUGUCCGCAUUUGUCACUCCUCCACUGCCAUCCCCUUCGCGGGGAGGGCGUGCGCGACCUUCUGCAAAGCGGCGGCAACUCAUCAUCUGCGGCGCGGUUGCGCCUCCCGAAGCCGCGAAGCCCGGCCGCGCCUCCUCGUUCCCCUCCAACCCGGACAAACAGCGCAUCCGCGCGCGCGUGGCGUACGACGGCACGCUCUACCGCGGCUGGCAGUACCAGACCGACCAGCCCACCGUGCAGGGCGCCCUCGAGGACGCGCUGCGUCGCAAAUUCGGCCACACCAUACGCGUCGUCGGCGCCAGCCGCACCGACACCGGCGUGCACGCUCGCGGCCAGGCCAUGCAUUUCGACAUCCCGAUUGCGCGCGCCCUGCGUGACGGGGAAAGCGAGCGCAAGUUUCACUACACCCUCAAUCAGAUGCUGCCGCCGGACGUCAGGGUGCCAGUGCUCAGCGUGGCCCCAACGGUCGUGCCGUGCAAAGUGACCGACGAGUGCGGCAACGUUGGGAUUGCUACUCGACCGUGGCAUGCCAUUUAUAAUGCCAAGGGGAAACUUUACACAUAUCGUAUUUCGACGAGCCCAGUCUUCGAUCCACUCGGAAGACUGUACAGGUACCAUGAGUGGCGCGCGACAAAGUUUGGCUUUUCUGAAGAGCUCCUCCGUGAGGCGUCGGCUAAGUUUGUUGGCUCACAUGACUUUUCGGCCUUCACAAAUUCGACUAAUCCGCCGCCAGGGUUUGUACCUCCGGUCUUGUCCAACCCCAUCCGUCAUAUACAUUCAGCGACGGUCAUUCCGGAAGGUGCAGGAAUGUACAGGAUAGAAUUCGUUAUUAACGGCGCCAUGUACAGAAUGAUUCGAAAUAUCAUGGGCACUAUCCUCAGCGUGUCGUGUGGAAGCAUGGACAUUUCAAACAUCGAUCACCUCUUCGCAUCCAAAGACCGUCGACUAGUCCCAAAAAGUGCCCCUGCGAAAGGCUUAUGUCUUGAAAAGGUCAUCUACGAUGAAUGGGAGCCACUGGGAGCGCAAUGA